CUUUAAUUUGGAUCAUUGAUUAUCAAAAAGAUGAAUCUCUCAUCAUUGGAUCACGAGUGCUUCGCUAAAAUAGGCGAAAUACUGUUUUGAUCUUCAUCAAGAAGAGCAUGAGACGGAGAAUAAAUCAGAAGGAAAAAAAAUACCAUCUUUGACAGUUUGAUAUUCAUUCUUUCUUUUUUGCUCAUCAUGACUGAUUCUAUUAUUAAAGAGACGCGGGCUAUGGUGAGUCAGUACAUGUGCAACCUCGAUCCUUCACACGACAUGCUACAUGUAGAUCGCGUUGUUCGUCUGGCUAUGCAUCUGGCAAACGACUGUUUAACUAAAGGACAAAGAGUGGAUUGCGAGAUCGUCGAGUUGGCGGCGUUAUGCCACGAUGUCGGUGAUCGCAAAUACUACAAGGGGGAUGCUUCGGGUGGCGAACUUAUUCGUCCCUUUUUGAUGGAGCACGGUUUGACACACGAGCGAGCGAGUCUCGUGGCCCGCAUCGUAGAUCAUGUUGGUUUUCGUAAAGAAUUAGCUUGGAACGAUGACCAAGACCCACAGCAAGACGUUGAAUGGCGUAAAAAUUGCACAGAGCUUCACAUUGUGCAGGACGCAGAUAAGCUGGAUGCGAUUGGCGCUUUUGGUGUUCUUCGUUGUGCGGCGUUUAGCGGAGCGAAAAAUAUUCCAUUGUUUGUUCCUAAUCUCGAUCCUAUAAAACAUAUGACAAAAGACGAAUACGAACAACAAACCGCCAAAGGCAAAGGCACAGCGAUCAACCACUUUCACGAGAAACUAUUUUUGCUGGCAGAUAUGAUGCGCACGUCCAAAGGAAAAGCCAUGGCCAAGGAAAGAACGGAGUUUAUGCGACUCUUUGUUCGUCGCAUUGAAGAAGAAUAUCAUAUGGAACUGUGAAUACAGAAAAGGAAUAAUCACCUUGGUUUUUAACCAUGAAAGGAAAAACUUGUGUUAAAAAAGAAAUAAACAAGCAUGACCGGGUAAAAGUAAUGCCAGAACUCAAUCACUGUGAGCACACAUCAACCUCCGUGUGUCUUCCUCCUUGGAUACACACUUACAAAGCC